CUUUUCUUCUUUUCUCUCUCCAACAGUGAGUCCAACUACACAACAGUGGUGUAAAUUUUUACAAUUUACAAACCCCCACCAACAGUAUUUUGGCAGAAUCUCCGCCAAGUAUCCCAAAUUUUCCCCCAAUCUCUUCAGACAUUCAUCCACUGUCCCUCUAUAGAACCAUUCAUAAUCCGAAUCCCAAAACCAAAACCUAGGGUUCCCAAUUCACAAAAUCCACAAUGAAAGCCUCUUUGAAGUUCCGAGAAGAACACAAGAAACCCCUCUUCCGUGCAAAAGUCCCACUGAGCAUCCUCGGCAAGCCCUUCCAAUCCGGCAUAGUCGCUGGCGAAUCCAAAGAACUCACACUCAACCUUUGCACCUUCUUCGAAUCGGGUCCUUCUCUCAAAGUCGCGUAUCGCCCCAACGACUCCAAGAACCCCUUUUCCUUAAUAGUGAAAACGGGAACUGGACCCUUCGGUUCCCCUCUUAAGAGCUCCAUGCUCAUGAGCUGUGAGUUCAGUGUUCCCGGUAGAACCGGUUCCCCGUUGUUCAUGCUUCAUUUCAAACCCCGCUUCGGCGACUUCACUUUCAAGAAGACGCAGUCUUCGAUUUUUGAUGGGAAAGGGUUUGGGUCUCUGAACACACAAAACGACGCCGUUGAACUUGAGAACGGAACCGUUGAAACGCCGUUGAUGGAAUCGGCGAAGGUUUCGAUUCUCGGCGACGGUGCCUCCGGCGCCGUCGCUGGGAUGUUCUCCGGCGUGGAGGUGGCGGCUCGGACGACGCUGCCGGUGCGGGGACGCGCCGCCGUAAAGUUCCGGUGGGGAGUUAGGGUUCCGUCGGAGUUCAAGGGGAACAACGCGUUUCAGAAAAUUCCGUUUCUCGUGAUGGAUAAGAUCGGCGUGGAACACAUGAUGGAGUGCGGCGUUUCGAAGGAGAAGGUUAGCGCCGGAGAGAAGUCUAGGGUUCCGGCGAGCGCUGACGUGGCGGAGGCGUGUUUUGCGGUGAAGCGGCAGAUGGAGGUUCUGCAGGCGGAGAACGGGUUGCUGAGGAACGCCGUGGAGGAUCUCCGGCGAGAAAUCGUCGGCGUUCGAACCUCAAGUUCGGUUAUGGGCAAAAGCCCUAAUUUGAGAAAGAAUGAGAAGAAAACGACGUCGGAUUAUGGUAAUUUUCCCGGGAAAUCGACGGAGGCUGAAGCGAGCGAGAAGUUGAAGAAAGCGUUGAUGGGAGCGGCUGCUGGUAGUUCUUGAAUUUAAAUCCGUCGAAAUGAAAUGCAAUCAGUUUGCACUGUCAUUGUUUUUUGAGUAUAUUGUCUAUAAUUUUUUUGGGGGUUGUAGAUUUGCGUUUUUCUCUCAGUUUUUAGUUUCAGUUUUGUUGCUGCGAAAUUUUUGUGUAGUUUAUAUAUAUUAUGAUAUAGGUUGGUUCGUUAAGGCUUGUUCUUGUAUUCAGUUUUGAAGCAAUGAAUGGAAAGAUCAUGAAAAUAAGCAAAUUUGAGAUUUUUUUGUAGAUGGGACGAAAUGGGAAUCAAAUUGGUGUCGAUUGUUGUCACAA